AUGACGAUUGUACACAUGGUGAUGUUCAAAUUUCGUCCCGAAGUGACGGCAGAACACAAACAAGAGUUCGUGCGCGAACUCAAGAAGCUGAAAGACUUGGACUGCGUCAAGUCGCAUCGACUCGUUGUCGGUGGCCCGUCCGUCACCGAUCCCAUCGAGAGAAGCAAGGGAUUCGAAUUUGCGCUCCUCAGCUUCCAUGAGAACCUUGAGGCACUGGAGAAGUAUCAAGCAAGUAAAGAGCAUCACUGGGUGACCAGCACAUACAUGUUUCCUUAUAAGGGAGACCUUGUUCGAUUUGAUUUUGAAGUAGCGGAGGAGGAUGAGCAUAUGUGGGAUUUUCCCGUACUUAACAGCACAGCUAAACAUUAG